CAAAUAACAGCAAAAGAAAUGAGCAAAAGCAAGAAAACCAAACGCAAGGAGCAAAGAUUUAAAUGUUCGGUUUGUAUUCAGGUCCCGGUUGGGUCGGAAGUUCCCAGAAUGCCGACUUGUCCUGAAUACGUCAUGGAACUGAACCCGGAAGUAAGAGAAGGAGCUCCCACGCAGGCUCCAGGCUGCGAGCGACUGUAAACACUGCUGCUGCUGUUAAACCGGCACCCUGUGAACCUGCUUUUCCAACUUAUACGUGACAGAGCUCCCAGUCAUGUCUCAGAGGGAACUGAAGGAGGGGUUUGUCAGUAAUCUCAAUGGGACCAGUCUGCAGGAGGUGGCUCUGGGUACAUUUCUCUCACCCUUGUGUCUCAUCAACAGAGGUCUGAUUUUGAUCCUCUACCACUUGGCCAGAAGGAUCCUCCCACUGCCACUCCCACUCAUCUCUCACCUGCUUCUAGACUUUUCUGUGCUUAUUCUUCCCCUCAUCCUGUCAUGCACCAUCCUCAGCAGCUUUCUUCACCUGGUCAUCUUGAGCUUAAUCUUUGUUUCAGCUUGUGUACUUUGCUACAUCUAUUGCACCAACGGUCACCAUUCCACUCGGCACCCAAAGACCAACGUCAGCACCUUCCUACAGUGCCACGUUCAGUUCAACCAGGUUCCUUUUGUGACCAUCUUUAGAGUGUUUGUAAAUGUGAAAACAGCCAUCAGCAUUCUCGCUGUAGACUUUAGCAUCUUCCCAAGGCGCUAUGCUAAAACAGAAACCUAUGGGACAGGGGUUAUGGACUUUGGCGUCGGAGCGUAUGUCUUUGCAAAUGCCCUCGUCUGUCCAGAGGCACGGAGAAAGACCAUCUCAGGAUCCAAGAUUAAUCAUAUCACAAAGCAGCUCCUGUCCGUCUGGCCCCUGGUUGCUCUUGGUAUGGGAAGGCUGGUGAGCGUCAAAAUGAGCGGCUACCACGAGCAUGUGACAGAAUACGGCGUCCACUGGAAUUUCUUCUUCACACUUGCCAUCGUGAGAGUUAUGGCUUCCACAAUUUUGGCAGUUUUACCAGUCAGUCAGUCGUGGGUGUUUUCCCUUCUGAUCAGCGGACUUUAUCAGCUCGCUCUGGAGACAUCAGGGCUGAAAGCGUUCAUUAUCCAGAACAAUGACAGAGAGAAGAACUUUCUGUACGCAAACAAGGAGGGCAUAUUCUCUGUGGUGGGCUAUGUAGCCAUCUACAUGGCAGGGGUUCAAGUUGGACGUUAUGUGAUGCAGCCGAGAUCCCAAGUUAAGGAUUGGCUCAAAGCACUUUUAAACCUCUUAUUUUGUAGUUUUGUGCUGUACGCUGCUUUGUACACAUGUCAGACACUGGUUGAGCCAGUGUCUCGUCGCUUAUCUAAUUUACCCUUCUGCCUCUGGAGUGUUGCACAGUCUUUGUUCUUUAUUUCCUGCCUCGGUUUCGCCGAUCUGGUUUUACUGUUUUCCAAAAGCAUAUCAGGCUGUCACUUUGUACCCUCAUCGUGGAAUAUGCAAAAAGGUUCAGUCUCUAACAAACAGACUGGUGAAGUUGAAAGAUUCUGCCUUGUUCAAGCCGUCAGCAGGAAUCAGUUGCUAUUUUUCUUGCUUGCAAAUGUCAUGACAGGACUGACCAACUCAUUAGUGGACACACUUAGCUGUAGCAGUUCAUUUUCAGUGUGUGUUUUGUUGAUAUAUAUGUUCAUGAAUUGCUCUGUAAUAUAUUUUUUACAUCACCAUGGAAUAACAGUGAAAUUCUGGUAAAAUCUGAUUUGCUAAAUUAAAUGGUUCAUGAUCUGUAAAGCUGAAGACUCUGUUGUGCAUUAUGUGUUUAUUUAUACAAAUGAAUACAUGUUUUGAUAAAAUCGGAAGUGAUCACUUGAAACCAGUUCCCACAUGAUUUGCAUUUGUUGAUGUUAAGAAAAAAGUGGAGUAAUUGCUCCCUCACCCAAAAAUAAGAGUUAUGGCUGAAAUAUAUGAAAUAAUAUACAGCAGUGGGAAGGCAGAAUUGUUAAGGCUAGUGUAUUAAUGUCAAACAAACUGUAUUCAUUCAUUUUACCCAUGUUUACAUGUAAAACUGAAAUAUGACACAUUUUCUGUUUUUAAAGUUGUUUGUCAGCGGGUCAGUUGGUUAGCUCUGCAUGCUCUGCCAUGGGUUGUCGUAGAGAUCAUGGUGAUGGACUUUGUAACCCAGGCCAGUUACCUAUCCCUAAUCAUAACCCCCACGUACUAUCCCAGAUCCCCAUUUUUCAUGAUUCCCACUGAUGUCUAUUACUGGUGACUAUACAACAGCAUUCAGAGUGUAAAAUGAAUGCUGCACUAUCACUCCGUAUCACAACCAGUCACCAUUUACUUCUCUAUUUUGAACGAAAAUGUCAUUUUGCACAUUUGUGUCCUCUCACACAUUAUCUUUAUAACAUAUGCCAAUUAUAUUUUAUUGUAUUGUAUUGUGUUUUAUUAUUACACAUAUAUAGGCCUCUGAAAUUCACCCAUAUACUGUAUAUACACACACAAACACACCUUAAUAUUAGUAUAUUAAAUGAGAUCUACUGCUUUUUAGUAUAAUAUGACGAAUAUAUAUGUAUAUAUAUAAAACCAAAAUAUAAAAUUGUAUGUUCAUAUUGCAAACCAUACA